GCAGCGAUCGCAGUUCGAAAACUAUCGCGCAAACUGUAGGAUUCAAGGUUAUGUUACCGUCGGCGGUUUUCCUAGUGAUCGUCGCGUUUAUCGUGGUGUUGACACUAUUUGAAUGGCAUUUACGUCAACGUGAUGGAUACCGAGCGGCUCGACAGUAUCCAGGUGGGACGAUGCUACCCGUAUUGGGCAACAUCAUGGAGGUCCUUUUCAAAGACUCAGUGCAAAUUUUCAACUACGCACGAUCGAAAGCACUGAAGCAUGGACAAUCGUACCGGCAGUGGAUCUUCGGAUACGUGAUACUGAAUGUGAUCAGACUCCGUGAAGCGGAGAUAAUUCUUUCAAGCACGAAGCACACGCGGAAGAGCGUAUUGUAUCGAUUCCUGGAGCCGUUGAUGGGCGAUGGACUUCUAUGCAGCAAGGGAAGCAAGUGGCAAGCGAGACGGAAAAUCCUGACUCCGGCGUUCCAUUUCAACAUCUUGACCAAUUUUCUGCAAGUUUUUCAGGAGGAGGCAAUGAAGUUGGUGGGGAUACUGAACGCCUUUGUUGAAAGCGGAGAGGAGGUUGUUUUGCAAUCGAUUGUGACCAGGUUCACGUUGAACACUAUCUGCGAAACGGCUAUGGGAGUUAAAUUAGACUCGUACAAUGACGCAGACAAGUACCGAUCGCAAGUUUACGACGUGGGUGAAAAGAUCGUUCACCGAACGACGACUCCGUGGUUGUACUAUGAUGGUAUUUAUAAUCUGCUUGGUUAUCAGAAACCAUUGGAGGAUGCUAUCGUGCCGAUCCAUGACUUCACCCGAAACAUCAUUCAACAGAAAAGAGAACAAUUAAAAAGGGUUUCAGCAUUGCAAGACACAGUUGCUGAUACAAUAUACGGUUCUAAACAGCGAUACGCCAUGUUGAAUACCCUACUGAUGGCCGAAGCAAAUGAUGCUAUAGAUGAAGAAGGAAUACGAGAAGAGGUGGAUACGUUCAUGUUCGAAGGUCAUGACACGACUGCAGGAGGUUUGAUUUUCUCAAUUCUGUUAAUGGCUACCGAGCAGGAAGCUCAACAACGCGUUUAUGAUGAACUAUUAAAAGCCCAUCGAACAAAACCGGAGCACGAGGCAUUCACCAUUGCGGAUUACAACAAUCUGAAGUACUUGGAUCGGUUUGUGAAGGAAGCGCUUCGACUAUAUCCUCCGGUAUCGUUCAUCUCGCGGAACUUGACUGGGCCCUUGAACAUCGACUCAACGAGCUUUCCGCACGGCACGGUGACGCAUAUACACAUCUACGACCUUCACCGUGAUCCGGAGCAGUUUCCCGAUCCAGAGCGGUUUGAUCCGGAUCGGUUCCUUCCAGAGGUCACCGCUAAAAGGAAUCCGUACGCGUAUGUGCCUUUUAGUGCCGGUCCGAGAAACUGUAUCGGUCAGAAGUACGCUCUUCUGGAAAUGAAAACCGUACUUUGCACCCUGCUGAUGAACUUCCACAUCCUACCGGUGACUGAGCGGCACCAGAUUGUCUUCACGGCAGAUCUGGUUCUGCGAGCAAAAACGCCAAUCAAAAUUAGAUUGGCAAAACGGGAAUCGAGUGUUACGCAUAGCUCUACGACUUACCAAUGGGCUCGUAAGUGGGCCAAACGAUAUGGAGGAUCUUAUUGGUUCUGGUUCAAUAGCGACCUCUUCGUACUUAACGUGAUUCGAGUUCGUGAAGCCGAGCCAAUUUUGUCCAGUACCAAAAACAUCGACAAGAGCCGAUUCUACGAAUUUCUGCAUCCUUUUCUGGGACUAGGAUUGCUUAACAGUUCAGGACCGAAAUGGAUGCACCGUCGUAGAAUUUUGACCCCUUCGUUUCAUUUUAACAUUCUCAAUGGAUUCCACCAAACGUUUGUAGAAGAAUGCGAUCAAAUGUUGGCAACGCUCGAUGAUCACGCGAACAGAGGAGUAUCAACCGCACUUCAAUCAAUCAUGUCCAAGUUUACGCUGAAUACUAUUUGUGAGACAUCGAUGGGUGUGAAGUUAUCUAAGAUAUCAGGCGCCGAAGAAUACCGCACGAAGCUCUACGAAAUCGGCGAAGCCUUGGUCCAUCGUUUGAUGCGCCCAUGGCUGUUGAGCAAUUCUAUUAACCGGCUGAUGGGCUACAAAACCGCUUUUGAUAAACUUCUCCUUCCGGUUCACUCGUUUACAACCAGCAUCAUCAACAUGCGACGAGCUCAGUUCCAGUCGGAGCAGUUCAGUGAAAUCACCGAAGAAAACAUUUACCUUAACCCGAAGAAGCGCUACGCCAUGCUGGACUCACUCCUGCUCGCAGAACAAAAGCAACUGAUCGAUGAAGAAGGCAUUCGAGAGGAAGUUGACACGUUCACCUUCGAAGGGCACGAUACAACCGCUGCCGCCUUGACUUUCAUAUUCUUCACUCUAGCGCGCGAGCAAAAAGUUCAGGACCGCAUCUACAGCGAAGUCGUACAAAUCUACAACAGUAAACCCCACUCGGACCACUCCUUUACGCCACAGGACUACAAUGAGAUGAAGUUUUUGGACCGAGCUCUGAAGGAGUGCCUGCGUCUAUGGCCACCGGUCACGUUCAUAUCGCGAAACAUCUCCGAGGACAUUGUCCUUGACGAUGGGAGUAUUAUCCCGGCGGGAUGUGUCGCAAAUAUUCACAUUAUGGAUCUGCAUCACGAUCCAGAACAAUAUCCAGAUCCUGAACGUUUCGAUGCGGAUAGAUUCUUACCGGAAGAAGUAGAUCGACGAAAUCCUUACGCCUACGUACCGUUCAGUGCUGGUCCAAGAAACUGCAUCGGACAGAAGUAUGCCAUGAUGGAACUGAAGGCGGUGGUGGUAAAUGUUCUAUUGAGAUUUCGGGUACUUCCGGUUACUCGGCUGGAGGAAAUCAAUUUUGUGGCCGAUUUGGUGCUGAGAAGCACCAACCCGAUUGAGGUUAAGUUUGAGCGGAGGUAAAAAUUCAAGAUCAUACAACUGAAUAGAUAUAUCUUUAAAGCAUUGAAUAAAUGGUCUACAAACGAUGGGCAGCAUUUUUUUUGUAUAUAUAUAC